UUUUUUUUUUCCUUUUUUUUUUCUUUCUAUCUCUUUUUUUUUUGUAUCUCAAUGUCAGCAGCAGAAUAUAAAAAAAAGUUAUACGAUAUUCAAAGACAAGGUGAAAAUAAGCUUUGUUUUGACUGUGGGGCUCCUAACCCUCAGUGGGCAAGUAUUUCCUAUGGUAUUUUCAUUUGUUUGGAUUGUUCAGGUGUCCACCGUUCUUUUGGUGUUCAUAUUAGUUUUGUUCGUUCCAUUACGAUGGAUAAGUGGUUUGAUGAUCAAUUAAAAAAGAUGGAGCUGGGUGGUAAUCAAAAAGCAAAAGCCUUUUUUGAAUCUCAACCUGAUUAUUCGCCUGAUAUGACCAUGAAUGACAAAUACCAUAGUCAUUGUGCUGAACUUUAUCGUGAAAAGUUGGCAGCAGAUGCUGAAGGUCGUCCUUGGACUCCUACACCCUCUGUAAGAUCCAAAUCCUCCGCCGGAGCUUCUAAAGUUGGUACGACGAGGUCAUUAAACAGUCCAAACCGCCUUGGCUCAACCUUAUCAAGCACACAACGCUCCAACUCUUCUAUCUCCAUGUCUGGCGGAUUUGGAAGUGAUUCUUACAACAGCAACAACAACAGCAGCAACAGCCUAAACCAUGACAACCAAAAAGCACGCAAUGAACAAUAUUUUGCUCAACUCGGAAAUGCAAAUGAAAGCAGGCCAGAACAUUUGCCACCUAGUCAAGGAGGUAAAUUUACAGGUUUUGGUAACCCUCAAUUUCAAGGUGAAUACGAUGCUAGAAGAAAUGGAGGAGGAAAUUCUGUGGACAUACAUGAAAUUAUUAAUGAUCCUCGUGUUGCUAUUGAAAAGGGUUGGUCGCUUUUAUCCUAUGUUGGUAAAGCGGCAGUAGAAUUUGGAAAAUAUGCAAACGAUAAUUAUGUGAAGCCUGCUGCACAACAAUUGGCUGAUCCCAACUUUAGAGGUCAAGUACGAGAUAAUGUUAGCAGCUAUGUCAAUUCGUUUACACAACCCAAGUCAUCCAAUUAUCAUCAAGCAAGUGGUUCAUACCAAAAUGACUCUUUACGCUAUUCUGGUAUGAAUUCGUCUCAUACAAACGACAUUCCCGACGAUGAUUUCUUUAAUUCCACCAUUCAUAACUUACAGUCUUCUGACGAUAACUUGAGCGGUCGUCAUUCACCUGUAACCACCUCCACUCCACCAGCAAAGAACAGAUCUGCAGCCAAUAUAACUAGCUCUGUUAGAGCAAGAGCUAAUUCUUCAACAAAGAAGAAGUCAAAUGCAAACAAUUCAGAUGAUGAAUGGGGUGCAUGGUAAAAAAGCAAAGGAAAAGAAAAAAAAGUAUCUAGAACUUUAGAGAACUUGAUUGCGUUAAAAGAAAAAAAACUAUUCAUCUUUUUUUUUUAUUACAUAUAAAAUAUCUAUAUCAUUACUAUCAGAA